AUGGGUAAAAGAAAAAUCAAAACCCAAGAUAUAGAAAGAAGGAAGAAACUUAAACAAGAUCAAGAUGCACAAUUAUCUACUGGAUUAUUUAAUGAAGAAAUUCAAAGUGAUAUAGAAGACGGGGAAGCAGAAGAAAAUUCAAAAGAUUGGGAAAAUGAAGAACAAGAAUAUGAACUAAGACCUAGGCAAAUGAAAGAAAAACAUAUGGUUGAAUCUUUACCUAUUAAAAAAAGUGAUGGUACUGUAGAAAGAGUGCUACGAGAAGUAGUUCAAAAGGAAGAACCAGAAGAAGAAGAUGAAGAAGAACAAAUAGAACAAGAACCACCACAAGAACAGGAAGAAGAAGAAGAAGAAGAAGACUCCAACCUAACACCACAAGAAAAACUUAUCAAAACAAAAGAAGAAAUAGCAGAAUUAGCAUCCAAAUUAAUUGAAAAUCCAGAAGAAAAUAUAUCAUGUUUAACAAGAUUAAGAAAAAUGAGUGAAUCAAAAAAUUUUAUGACUUCACAAUUAUCAAUAAUGUCAUUAAUUCCAAUAUUUAAAUCUUUAGCUCCAUCAUAUAAAAUUAGACCAUUAACUGAUAUGGAAAAAAGAGAAAAAGUAAGUAAAGAAAUUUCAAGAUUAAGAACUUUUGAACAAUCUUUAGUUAUAAAUUAUAAAUCAUAUAUUGAAUUAUUAUACAAACAUUCUAAAAUAUCAUAUUCAAAUUCAUUAAAUAAUAACAAAAUUACAAGUGAUCAAUUAAAAAGGGGAAAUUUAGCAUUAAAAGCAGCAAAUGAAUUAUGUUUAUCAUCAUUGAGACAUUUUAAUUAUAGAUCUGAAUUAUUUACCAUAUUAAUAAAAAGACUCAACAAAAAGCCAAAACAAGAAAAUGAUUUACCAAUAUUUAUAAAAUCAAUAAGAACUUUAGAAACAUUAUUAAAAGAAGAUGAAGAACAUGGAGAUAUAACUUUUGAUAUUAUAAAAAUAAUGACAAAAACUAUAAAGGAUAAAAAAUUUCGAAUAGAUGAAUCUGUAUUAAAUAUUUUUUUAUCAAUUUCAUUAUUAGAAGAUUAUGAUCCAAAUGAAAAUAAAGAAGAUAUAAAACCAAAAUUGAAAAAAAAAAAUAGAAUUCAUUUAUCAAAAAAAGAACGUAAAAAUAGAAAAGAAAGAAAAGAAAUUGAAGACGAAAUGAGAAGUGCUCAACAAGCUAUUACAAUUGAACAAAGAGAAAAAUAUCAAUCGCAAGUUUUAAAAAUGAUAUUAAUGAGUUAUUUGGAAAUUUUAAAAGCUGGUCAAGGAUCUUUUCAAAAGGGAGAUGAAAAUGAUGAUGCUGUAUUAUUAGUUGGAAGUGUUUUGGAGGGGCUAAGUAAAUAUGGACAAAUGGCAAAUUUUGAUUUAUUAGGUGAUUUCCUACAAGUUUUAAGAGAAAUUAUGGUAGAUAUAAUGGAAGAACAAGAUGGAAUAUACACGGGUAAAGAAAUCAAAAUUAUAUUACUAUGUAUUGCAACAUCAUUUUCAUUAGUUUUAAAUCAUGGAUCAAUGGGUAGAUUACCAAUAGCAAUAGAUUUUAAUUCAUUCAUUGAUACAUUAUAUAAAUUAUUAACAUAUAUUGCAUUAGAUCCAGAUUUAGAAUUUAGUCAUAAAACAUUAAGAUUAGCUGAUCCAAUAACAGAAGAAUUAAAUAAACCAUCAGUAAAUGUUUCAACAAAAUCAGAAUUAUUAUUAAGAUGUUUAGAUUUUAUAUUUUUUAGAUCUAAAAAUGGUACUAUAUCAAGAGCUAGUGCUUUUACUAAGAGAUUAUAUAUUUUAGCUUUACAAACACCAGAAAAGACAUCAUUAGCAAUAUUAAAAUUUAUUGGUAAAUUAAUGAGUAGAUAUGAUAAUAAUUUAAAAGGAUUAUGGAAUACAGAAGAUAGUGUUGGUGAAGGAAAUUAUAUAUUAGGAAUUGAAAAAAAUGAUGAACUGAUUAUAAGAUUAGAAAGAUGUAAUAUUGGUUCAGCUACUUUAUGGGAAAAUGUUUUAUUAGAUAAUUAUUAUGCUCCAAUGGUUAAAGAUGGUUCAAGGUCUUUAAUGAAGAAUAGUAAAUCAGAAGGUAGGUAG